GCAAACCAGCUCCCGGGGGCUUGGAGGCUGCCAGAGUCCAGGGCUGCUGGGCCAGCGCUCUUUAGCCCAGGAAAUGCGGUUUCUGCUAGCAGGGGUGAUGGGGGAGGAGCUGAGAGUAACUAUAAAUCCAGCCCCAAACAAGUGCAGAAAGUGGCAGGAAACCCGUCAUCUGUCAAUUCUCCUCACCAGAGAAGUGCUGGGAGUCCCUUCCGAUCCUGAUCUUCUAUCUUCUUGUCUGGGGGACUACUGGGAGCAGCUCUGCUUCUGACACAAGCACCCAGUGUGCCUGUCUGCAACGAUGUUUGGAGGGGUUUAUCCCCGGGCAGGGUGACACUCCAUAGUAAAAGAAGAGAGGAAAAAUGGGGAAAACAUCAAUGAAUGUUCCAGAUUGUGGGAUUUGAAAUCUGCUGAAAAAAGCAGAAUUAGGAAGUUGUCUGUUCAAAUGAAAUGUAGAGUCUGCAGAAUUGGUAGAGCCCUAAGCGUAGGAUAUUGCCGACUCUGCCAUGGGAAGUUUUCCUCCCGGAGCUUGCGGAAUGCUUUUGGGAAGGUUCCUGUAACGGGAGAGAACUCUGAGAAGCAGCGACGUGUGGAUCAAGUGUUUUUCACAGAUUUCCAGCGACUGGUCGGAGUAGCAGUCCGACAAGAUCCUGCUCUCCCGCAAUAUGUCUGCAAGAAAUGCCAUGCCCAGUUUUACAAAUGUCGCAGCGUCCUCAAGACGUUUAUUCAGAGGGUGAAUGCAUCGCCCACAGGCCAUAUAAAAUCAAAAGGAAAGAACAGUGAUGUGCAGCCACAGCCAGAUGCAGAAGCCCCCUGUUUGGUAGACUUGAUCACAUCCAGCCCCCAGUGCCUGCAUAAUUUGGUUACGUGGACCCACAACCAUGCGGGGAACUGCCAGUCUGUGCCAAGCCUGCAGAGUGUGUUAUCUUCCGAGUACUGUGGGAUAAUUCGAGCCGUGUGGGGCUGUGGAAACGGGCAUGACUAUGUUAUGGAUACAGAUUCUGAUUGCAGCACGGUGCUUGUCGAUAACGCCUUGUCUGUUACAUGGGAAUGGAACAAGAGCACAGCACAGCGUUUGACUGACAACGGGGCAAGUGCAGACAAUGCUGGGGCUGCCUCUGCUCCCAGGCCCCAGCUUGCUCCAGCAAGGACAGGCACUUGCGAGCAGCCAGUAAACAAAGGGACCACAUCGGAGCCACUCCGAGCUGAGAAUCCGUUGCCACAGAGCAGGAAUUCAUCUCAUUCACAAGAGGACAGUCCAGUCUCUUUACAGGAGAAAAGUCUGCCCCAGUCAGCCUCUCCACUGAGCAGUGCCCCAGGACAGUUGAGUGGGAAGCAGGUUCUGUCUUCAACGUCGGAUGAGCGGGUAAAAGACGAGUUCAGUGACCUUUCUGAGGGAGACUUCUUGAGUGAAGAUGAGAAUGAUAAGAGAACUGUGCAAUCUUCAGAUGACUCCUUUGAGCCUUAUCCAGAAAAGAAGGGGUCCAACAAAAAGAGUGAAAAUAAAGAAGCGAAGAAGGCUGAAGAGCCCAAAAUAAGAAAGAAGCCAGGACCCAAGCCAGGCUGGAAAAAAAAGAUCAAAUGUGAAAGGGAGGAGCUGCCUACCAUCUACAAGUGUCCUUACCAGGGGUGCACAGCUGUAUACAGAGGGGCCGAUGGCAUGAAGAAGCACAUAAAGGAGCAUCAUGAAGAAGUGCGGGAGAGGCCUUGUCCCCACCCUGGCUGCAACAAGGUGUUCAUGAUCGAUCGGUACCUACAGCGCCAUGUGAAACUCAUUCAUACAGAGGUACGGAAUUAUAUCUGUGAUGAAUGUGGGCAGACCUUCAAACAACGCAAACACCUCUCAGUCCAUCAGAUGCGCCAUUCAGGAGCAAAGCCCCUCCAAUGUGAAAUCUGUGGUUUCCAAUGCAGGCAGCGAGCGUCUCUCAAAUAUCACAUGACCAAACACAAAGCUGAGACCGAGCUGGAGUUUGCCUGUGACCAGUGUGGAAAGCGUUUCGAAAAGGCCCAUAACCUUAAUGUCCACAUGUCCAUGGUGCACCCUCUGACCCAGACUCAGGACAAAACCAAGCCACUGGAGCCUGAGCAGAUUCUCAUGUUGAAUCCUUCAGGGACUGUGGAAAGCCAGGCUGUAAAACCGGAACAGACUGCACAACAGGAGCCCACUUGAAGGUCUGCUGGAGGGGUGUAUUGAUAAACCAUUCAGCAGUGAGGAUUUUUAAUAUACAUUUUAAUAGAUUCUCAACAAAAAAACCCCUCAGUGCAAAUAGCUUCAGCUUGCUCA